AUGAUCUCAAGUCUUAUACUGUGGCCCAUUGUGGCCUUUUCCCUCUACAUCUCUAUUGUUGCCAUAUGGUACCUCCUCCUUCACCCACUGCGGCGGGUUCCAGGUUCUAAACUAUGGAUACUGUUCCCGAUCCUUAAAUACAUUUCAGGCAUCCGUGGCAAUUUUGACAAGGACUUACGUCGGCUUCAUGUUAAAUAUGGUCCAGCUGUCCGGUUCGACCGAAACGAAGUGUCCUUUAUCACCGCAGACGCAUGGAAGGAUAUCUACGGCCAUGGACAUCGCCAGCUGCCCAAGUCCCAGGCCUCAACUGCGAACAAAUUCGAUAUAAUCUCAUCGGAUGAUUAUAACCAUUCUCGCUACCGCAAGUCACUUUCCCACGCCUUCUCUGCCAGGGGUCUUCAGGCCCAGGAGCCUCUCCUCAAUAGUUACGUGGACAAGCUGGUUGAGCGCUUGAAAGCAGUUGCUGAAUCCAAGCUACCGGCGGACAUGGCCAAGUGGUACAACCUUACUACCUUCGAUAUCAUCGGUGAUCUAGCCUUCGGGGAGCCUUUCGGUGGACUAGAUAGUUCGGAAUAUCACCACUGGGUGGCGCUCGUCUUCCAGGCCAUCAAGGCAGUUUCGUACAUUAGGCUGAAGGACGCAUAUCCUUUAGUCUUUCAGAUCAUCCGCUCCUUUAUGUCUGGGGGCGGUAAAGUAGUUGAGGACAGGAAGAAGCAGCUUUUACACUCCAGGAUAACGGUUCAGAAGAGGCUCCAGAACGCGUCUGCUUAUAACAGACACGAUUUCAUGGAUUCGAUGCUGCGUCACCGGGGAGAGAAAGACGGGCUGAGUGACCUGGAGCUCGAGGGCAAUGCAAAUGUCCUGAUUAUUGCAGGAAGUGAAACUACUGCUACUCUGCUAUCGGGAAUCACAUACUAUAUGCUACGGAAUCCCGGGGUUAUGGCAAGAGUGACAAGCGAAGUUCGCUCUGUGAUGAAGAAAGAAUCCGAUAUUACCUUUCAAAAGGUCUCCGCUGAGCUUCCAUACAUGCUGGCUUGUUUCGAAGAGGCCUUUAGGUUAUACCCUCCAGUCCCGACAGGCCUACCUCGGAGAACGAUAUCCCCUGUCAAUAUCUCGGGAUUCGACAUACCCAUCGGGGGAGGCCCUAUCAAGUCCCUUCCCACAAAAGUAUUCGUCCACCAGUCAGCAGCCUACCAAUCACCAGCCAAUUUCCACGACCCGCAGCGCUUCAUCCCAGAGCGCUGGCUACCAGAGAGCAAGAGAAACCCGUCUUCCCCAUUCUACUCAGACAACCGCGAUGUUCUCCAGCCGUUUUCCGUGGGACCCAGAAAUUGUAUUGGGAAGAACCUUGCUUUUGCUGAGAUGCGUAUCAUUUUUGCACAGAUUCUUUGGAAUUUCGACCUCGAGCUGUGCGAGGAGAGUGCUAAUUGGAAGGACCAGAAGUCGUACGUGGUGUGGGAGAAAGUGCCGUUGAUGUGUAAAUUGAAGCUGCGAGAGAACGGUCCUGGUUGGGAAGAGUAG